CUUGUACAACGGAGGAUAGGUAUACAGUUAGUGCUCUUUUAAUUGUGUGCAUCAUUUUGCACUAACAGAAAAAGAAAGAAAGAUUUACCGGUUUCACCAAGCCAGAUUCAUGGGCUGUUCUUAUGUUUUUCUGCUCUUAACUUCAACAAUAUUAGCUGUACUUGGUGAAGGUAUUCUCGGGCAUGAAGUUUUCAACAGUAUGAAUCAAUGUCUUAGUCUUCUCAAGUCUAAUGAUAAUACUGAAGAUCAACCUUACAGAACGGCAUAUCAUUUCCAACCUCCCAAAAAUUGGAUGAACGGUACAUUCUUAAACACGCUCAUCCUUUUUCAGAACUAAUCUAAACUCUUCUUUAAUAUAUUUUUAAAUGAAUGAUUUCUGUUUGACCGAUUGAUCGUGUUGUGGACUUGUAAUGCUGGUGAAUUGGGAAUACUUAUCAUCCGAUCCACAGAUCCUAAUGGACCGAUGAUAUACAAGGGAAUAUACCAUUUAUUUUACCAGUACAAUCCUGAAGGUCCAGUAUGGGGAAAUAUCACAUGGGGUCAUUCUACUUCCACUGAUCUUGUCAACUGGACUAUUCAUCCUCCUGCACUUUUUCCUUCAGAAAGCGCAUAUGACAGCAACGGUUGCUGGUCAGGUUCAACUACAAUUCUCCAAAAUGGCACACCAGCUAUACUCUAUACAGGAGGCGACUCACAAAAUACCCAAUUUCAAAAUCUUGCCGGGCCCAAAGAUCCAUCCGACCCUUAUCUUGUAGAAUGGGUUAAAUCGCCUUAUAAUCCGAUCAUGAAACCUAACGCCAUGAGCACAACUUUGUUUAGGGACCCAACUACCGCAUGGUUAGGGCCUGAUGGAAGUUGGAGAGUCAUCAUAGGGAACGAAAGAGAACACCAUGGAACUGCUCUUUUAUACAAAAGCAAGGAUUUUAAUCAUUGGAUUGAAGCUGACCAACCCUUGCAUUCGUCAAAUGAAACUGGAAUGUGGGAGUGCCCUGAUUUUUUCCCCGUAUCAAAUGACGGUGAAGAGGGACUUGAUGCUUCAGUGGAUUUUCCGGGAGUUAAACAUGUACUCAAGGUUGGGGUGGCUCAUUCUUCUGUUGAUUAUUACACUAUUGGAACCUAUGACCAUCACAACGAUAUAUUUAUACCAGAUGUGGGAUCUGUAGACAAUGAAUCAGGAUUAAGAUUAGAUUACGGAAAGUACUAUGCUUCCAAGUCUUUCUUUGACAGUGACAAGAAGAGGAGGAUCUUUAUUGCUUGGAUCAAUGAGUCCACUAGUAGGGAGAUCGAUAUCAUGAAAGGAUGGUCUGGUCUUCAGUCGUUUCCGAGGAAAAUUUGGCUCGAUAAAGCUGGAAAACAAUUGGCUCAAUGGCCAGUUGAGGAAAUCGAAAAGCUAAGGACAAAUAAAGUUAGCUUACCAGUUACAACACUAAAAAAAGGUUCAGUACUUGAAGUAUCAGGUGUCACCGGUGCACAGGCGGAUGUAGAAAUCUCCUUCUCAAUCCCACUGCUUGAGAAAGCAGAGGUGCUCGAAUCGCGUUGGAGUAAUCCACAAGAGAUAUGCAGCCAAAGAGGUUCAUCAGCCAACAGUACUGGUGUAGGACCUUUUGGUUUGCUAGUCUUGGCCUCAAGUGACAUUCAAGAAUUUACUGCAGUGUUCUUUAGGAUUUUCAGAAAGAAUGACAAGCUUAUUGUAUUAAUGUGCAGUGAUCUGAAAAGGUCAUCUCUAGGUCUAGAGUAUGAUAAAACCAACUACGGAGCCUUUUUGGAUGUUGAUCCUGUUACAGAAAAGUUGUCACUGAGGACUUUGAAAAUAGCACAAAAAUUUCACAUUGAUCAUUCCAUAGUAGAAAACUUUGGUGGAGGGGGAAAAGUUUGCAUCACAACAAGAGUUUAUCCUACUUCAGCCAUCAGCAAUGAUGCCCAUAUUUUUGUUUUCAACAAUGGAUCCCAACAUGUUGAGAUCUCCAGGUUGAAUGCUUGGAGCCUAAAGCGGGCUCAAAUCAAUUGAAGCAAAUUAGGACAAAUCAUUGACCAAUAAAUUUAUAAGGGAUGAUCAUUUUCCACUUAAUCAAUUUUAAAUUAAAAAAAUAGGUUCUUAAAUUCUUGAUCACCUAGAUUUGGAGGUGGGAAUAAAGAAAAGAAAAAAAGGAAAACUGUAUUUGCAAUAUAUAAUUCAGCUUCCAUAUGAUAGAAGACUAAGAUCGAUCCCUAAAUCUUAUAUGUUAAUUGUUGAUAGAAAAUGUAUGCAAUUCGCUAUAUUUUUCAAUUCUUAGCAGAUUUUGGUAAUAGGUAUAACAAUUUGCAUGAGUUUCUUUUGUGUCUUUAUAAAUCUAGUCAUUGGACACGCAUAUUGUUCAUGCUAUCUUGUGUAAAUUAUUACAAAAUUUGUACCACAUAAACUUUUAUCUACAUACAUGAUAUAUGUUACGGUAAUAAAAUAUAAAAGUUACCGCUAGUCA